CAUACACUCCAUCAAGCAACCAGCAUAUAUCCAGCAUACACGUAGCAAAGUAUUUUGCCUCUCAUGGAGGUUGAAUCGCAGGAUCGAGAGUUGAGGCAUGCGUAUAGCACCUCUCAGCUCUAUCUCAGCAGAUCGAGUCAUACGCAUGCGCAUACAUGGUCGGCACGGAAUAGAAGGUGCAUGGGAGUUGAAGCGGACCCGCCCGAACAGGCUCUCACAGCGAAUCGGAAGAAGGAUGAGGAGGAGGAAGACAAGACGAAGGAUUUUGAGUGCAAUAUAUGCUUCGAAACGGCAGCAUCACCAGUACUGACCCUGUGCGGUCACCUAUACUGUUGGCCAUGUCUAUACCACUGGCUUGGAAUUCACGCUUCAUGUCCAGUCUGCAAGAAUCCAUGUUCAACUACCAACGUCGUCCCGAUAUACGGCAGAGGAGGAAGUUCCUCUCUGGUUGCCGCCGACCCAGGCGUGGCACCGAGACUUCAGAUGACUGAACAAGAAAGGCACUGGGCGGAUACUCUGCUGAUGCCGCCUGACCCGCCAGCCAGGAGACAGAGUAUGAAUACGACUACAAAACCUGAGGUUGUUCCUCCCCGACCACAGGCACCCAUCACCCGGUCAAGACCGACAAUCAAGUCGAGGUCCGCACAGCCAGAUAUCACAUGGAGUCCCAUCUCAGGGACUGGCAUUAAUUUCUUUGGGUUAGUUGGCGUGCAGGAAGUUAAUGCGAUGCCUGCUGUUAGGGUGAUUGCGAGGAGGGAGGAAGAACAUAAGUUUGGGCGGUGGUUUUGUGGGUUUUUGGUGUUGAUGAUUGGGUGGGCGAUGUUUGGAUGAUGAGUGUACGAUUACGAUUACGGUUGAACGCUGGGUUUACUUUUGUUUGGGAAUGGUAGGGUUUGGUUCUGGUGUCUUUUUUUCUUUCAGGAA